AAUAAAGUUCAACUGUACAUUCAGUCUCUGUUCAGAAGCUCAAAACACAUCAGAAACUCCACCCUUCUUUAUCUUUAACCUUUACCCUACCAGGAAGUGACUAGUCUUAUGAUUUCUCCAAUAUCUUACUGAAGGCUAAAGAGUCAGUGUUUUGGAGAUCAGAGGAGGACACUGUAAAUGAGGAUUUUGGAGAAGUGUAUUGAACAGAAUAGGUUUGAUUUUGGUUGUAAUUGUUAUUUACUUUUCAAAGUCAGAAAGUGAAAGUAAAUUGUAGAUCGUUGCAGCUUUUACAAGAAGAGGAAAUGGAUUCCAAAUUGGUGGAAGAGCUUUCUUGUCCCGUUUGCUGUGAAAUCUUCAAGCAUCCUGUUCUUCUGUCCUGCAGUCACAGUUUUUGUAAAGAGUGUCUUCAACAGUUCUGGAGAACCAAGAAAACUCAGGAGUGUCCUGUCUGCAGAAGAAGAUCGUCAAGACCAGAGCCUCCACGUAAUCUAGCGUUAAAAAACUUGUGUGAUUCACUGAUAAAGGAGCGAAACGAGAGGCGCUCAUCAGGAUCUGAAGAGAGCUGCAGUUUACACAGUGAGAAACUCAAACUCUUCUGUCUGGAGGACAAACAGCCGGUGUGUUUAGUGUGCAGAGACUCAGAGAAACACGUCAAUCACACAUUCAGACCCAUCAGUGAAGUGCUUCCAUCUCACAAGGCACAAAUGGGACUACUUCAUGAGAAUUAUCAUGCGUCAUACAAUUGACAAAAACUAUGAAA